CACAUAGCUCGCGGAGGCCAAAGCCCAAAUUCCCCUCCGCCUCGCCUGACCACUCCGCCCGCUCUUCCUCUCCUUUUUCCCAAGUCCCCGGCGCCGCCGCCCGCCGUCCCCACCAAGCACCACCUGUCCGCCACCGCCACCGCCACCGCGUACCUCUCCCUCUCCACCCCCGUGCGCACCGCCUCCCCCAGCGCCUCGUCCCCCUCGCCGCCUCCUCCGGCGGACGGGGUCGGCCCCGCGGCGCCGACGCGGGACGACGUGUACCUGGGGCGGCAGCUCGCGGCCGCGGCCUUGGUGGGCGCCCGCACGCGCGCGCCGGAGGAGGAUGUCGAGAGGCGCCGCCGCCGCAAGAAGAAGCGGAGGGCCCUGGCCAGACGCCCUCCGGCGUCGCCUGCUGCUACAGCUGCGGCGCCCCGCUGCACACCGACGAGGAGGGGUCUCCCGGCCACGUCGAGCCCGCCACCUGCGACCUGAAGAAGAGGCACAACCAACUAAAGACCGUGAUAUGCGAGCAGUGCAAGCUGCUGUCGCACGGAAGGUGUUUGACAAAAUGACCAAGUAAGGUUGAGUCCUGGGAGCUACUCUAGAUGCUGUCGAGUUGCGAGCAUAUUUUGGGUAAGCAGCAGCAGAAUAGCAGAUUCAGCAGAAUAGCAUAUUUUCUUGAGUUACUCGAGGAAAUUCACACGAGAGAGAGAGAGAGACACCGCGAUCGACCACAACAAUGACACUGUUCACAGUAAUGGAUAAUUACAAGAACGUUCCUCAAUUCCUCUACGACUUAAGCCCAUCUCAGAUGGAAAUGUUUAUGACUGAUGACAACCCUUAUAAUCGGCAGUCAAAGAAAGUUACAGAGUACUGCAGACUCCAAAGCAUGUCCCUUUCAUCCAUUCAGAAAUCUUGGAUUCAUAAAUGGGAGAAGCACAUAAGGGAGAAGAAGAUGAUUGCAAGGAUGGAGAGGGAGCAAAUCAUUUGGAGGGAUAGAAUGCCACUGUUUGGUGUUUUAUGCAUUUUUGUUUGCCUUCAACUAUGUGUUGCACUAGCUGGGAAUAAGUGACUAGGCAAUAAGUGUAGAUGUAUGGAUAUGCUCUACUGCUCCUGGUUUAUUAUAAAUCUUCGAUUUGGAAUGAUGUGUAAUGCUGCUGGUUUAUUACAAAUCUGGGCUUGUUUUAGUUGUUA